AUGGCCUCCGCUGCGGCAGCUGUGGAACUGAUGUGCUUGCCCACCGAGAUCCUCGAAAUGAUCUUUCCUCUUGCACUUGCAUCAAAGAAUGGGGCUGAUCUCAAGCGACUCCGUUUGAUGAACCAGCGACUUGCACUCUUCGUCGAACCCCGCCUGUUUCGAUGGAUCUGCCUCUCCACAGUAGGAGAGAACUUCGAGGCGUGGAAAAGUAUUGCCCAACCGGGUAGUCGGCUCCGUCAUUAUGUUGAGCAUGUCUGUAUCGACUGCACCACGUUCAUUCCGCACAUUAGUAGAUGGUUCUACUGUAAAUAUUUGGCGCAGCAUCUCAAGGAAAACCCAGGUAAAAUACACCCACGUCAACAUGGUAAGGGAGCACGACGCGGCGACGACGAUUCAGAUGCAGCAAUAUACACGCCAAUGAAUCUUUUUUCCGACCUGACUUCCGGCGAGAGAGCGACGACACUACUGCCUGGCGAUAGAAAGCUGUUGCAGAGGGGUUACAAGGAGUAUUUGCUGCUCGCUGAAUCUCAGGAUCAGAUUCGUUCUUCUUCUCGUCUCUACGAAGCACUUGUUAGAGGACUUCCAUCCUUACCGCGCGUCCAGGCAUUCUCCUUCAUGAGUAAAUGGCACGUGGACAUGAAGUUUGCCAGGAAACAACAUGAACCAGAAGGAAUCGAUAUCGAGUCAGAGGGUAGUUUGAACUUGCCUGGUCCUUUGGCUCGGCAGCAUCCGCCGCUUCGACUUCCACCACAAAGCACAAGAACCUGGUCUGGGAUACAUGGUAUUCCUCUCCUUAAAGAAUACUUCGUCGUGGUGCUGAGAGCUGUUCGGAAGCUCGAUCUGGACCUGCGAACCCUGAAUGGCCCAGGUCCUAACCAAUCUUGCCUCGUCUCGAAACCACAUCUCGAAUCACUCGAUCCUGUUCGCGAUAUCGGACUGCCGAUAGAAACAUUCGCUCCGGCGGUGCAAGCCAAGCACUCGGUCGAGUUGAGAAAACUAGUCACAGGAAGUUCGAGCGCUUUGCACAAACUCCGGAAACUUGAGCUUUCUGUCAGCGCACCCCUGCAGGGUGGAGAAAGAUACCCACACGGUACUGCCUAUUCAGCGACCCCAGGUCAUCUGCCAGGUUUGCUCCGCUCGAUGCCUGACACAGAGGAAUUAGCGCUGCGACAGCAUCGAUAUAUUGGUAAGGAUAACGGCGUCGCGAAUCUGAACGAUGUCUUUGGCAUCCGUGAAUCAGUCGUCCACCGCAGUAUAAUCACCAACUCCAAAACACCCCCCGAAUUCCACUAUCAUUUCUGGGGACAGGAUAUACUGGGUGUUUGGCAAGUGCCGUUCUUGCCCAAACUCAGACACCUAGAGCUAUCCGGAUUCGAGGUGAGAAGAGGAGGCCUGAACUCACUGUUGAGCCGCAUGGCUUCUACACUAGAAACAGUGAAGCUCCACGACAUCCGCCUCACUAAUACGGUAUUCGGGUGGUCGUUUGUCUUGCACGAUCUGCGCCAAGUCUUCUGCAAGAGAUCUCCCACCCUCGAGCUCUCACUCGGUUUUCCCAAGUCAGAGUACGUUGCGCUGCUUCUCGGCUACCAUGUGAUCCCUGAUAAAGCUUCUGAGGAGACCUCAUCAGACGAGAGGAUGAGAAGUGGCUUUCGGAGGAUCGAGAGAUGCAUCACAUUAGAGGUAGAAAGACAGACCUUUCGUGAAUGGCUUGCUCCUCUGAGGGCUUGA